UUCUAUAUGAAGUUGUUUGAGGGUGGUGAGUUGGACAGUAAAGUUAUGGAGAAAGCUGGUUGUCAAAACUAUUCCCACACCCCAUGGGAAUCAGAGAAAGGUGAUGUCUAUGAAAGGCAAACUUAUUACAAAUUUGACAAGCGUAUUUCUCGUUACAGAGGAGAGACAAGAAGUACUCAACAAAGAAGCCCCCUUUGUGAUAGAAAUGGAUGGAUUAUUGAAGAGGUCAUGACUCUCCAUGGAGUUCCUCUUGGUGACUAUUUCAAUCUUCACAUAAGAUACCAAGUAGAGGAUUUGCCUUCAAAAUCAAAGCAAUAUCAGCUAAAAGUAUAUUUUGGAAUUGCUUGGCUCAAAAGCACUAGGAAUCAGAAAAAGAUUACAAAGAAUAUCAUUCAGAAUCUGAAUGAUUGCUUGAAAGUUAUUGUUAGUGAAGUUGAGAAGGAGUACUUGGGGCAUUGCAUUAGCUAUGCAGUUGUAGCUUCUGUGCUAUUGGGGUCUGCUGUUUCUCGUCAUUUUUCAGUUUCAAACCCAUUAGCUGCAAGGAGAGAUGCCUUACAGAGCAUUGUUAUUCGCCUUUGA